AUGUGUCUCGUGUCACCGUUAGCGGGCAAUAACGGUUGGAUAGCAGCGUCGAAGACGAUGGCCGCCCCACCAGCGGCGGGAUACUUGAUGUGUCGAGUCCGCGCGAUGUUGCACGUUAGUUGUGAAAGCUUGCGCGCGACCAUCCUAAAAGGUAUUCUUGCGCUUUGCACGGCGUCCGGCGCGAAACCCGUUCCGCCCGCUCUGAAUCGCGUUGCCGCCGCUUGCGAGUAUUCGGAAUUUCUUCUUGUUACGCGCGGUAAGAUGUGGAUAACAAUAGUUGCAGUAUGCAUCAUCUUCAUUCUUCUGGCGAAGAGUUCAUUGAAACCACAGAAUUUCCCACCGGGACCAAAAUGGCUGCCGAUAAUAGGCAGUGCCAGGGAAGUGUACCAGUUGCGCGAAAAGACCGGAUAUUUGUACAAAGCGGUGAAAGAGUUGUGCGAUGUUUAUUGCAAAGGUGCUCCUGUUCUCGGGCUGAAGAUCGGGAAAGAUCGAAUAGUGAUGGUGAAUUCACUGGAAGCAAACAGAGAGAUGCUAUUUAACGAAGACAUUGACGGUAGACCAAAGGGUAUAUUUUACCAGACAAGAACGUGGGGCGAAAGGAAGGGAGUUCUUUUAACCGAUGGGGAGCUGUGGAAAGAACAGAGAAGAUUUCUGAUUAAACAUUUGAAAGAAUUUGGAUUCGGCAGAAAGGGAAUGGUCAACACUGCUUGUAACGAAGCGUCAUACAUGGUGGAGGACGUCAAAAAUAUAAUAAAUUCAGGCGAAGGCAAAAACGGAAUCUACAUGCAUAACUUUUUCAACACUUACAUUUUGAACACUCUUUGGACGAUGAUGGCGGGAAUAAGAUAUAAUCCGAGCGAUCCGCAGAUGAUUGUGCUCUUGGAUCUUCUGUUCGAUUUGUUCCGCGCCGUCGACAUGGUCGGGACGAUGUUCAGUCAUUUUCCCAUAUUGUCAAUCGUUACGCCCACAAUGUCCGGUUACAGGGACUUUAUUAGAACGCAUAAAAGGAUCUGGAAAUUCCUGAGAGAGGAGAUUGCGAGGCACAUGGAGAACCUCAACACGGACUCGGAGAAUAGGGAUUUCAUGGGGGUUUACUUGAGAUUUCUCAAAGAAAACGGCGAGAGAGAUACCUACCUGACGCGCAAUCAAGAGGUGCAGAGGAAAGCGCAAGAAGAAAUCGACAGAGUGGUAGGGAGAAAUCGUAUGCCUACGCUAGACGAUCGCCCAAACAUGCCCUACAACGAAGCGGUGGUGCUCGAAUCAAUUCGCCACUUCAUGGGGAGGACCUUUGGGAUCCCGCAUCGAGCCCUUCGCAAUACCACACUGGCGGGGUAUAAAAUACCAGAGGACACAAUGGUGGUGAGUAACUAUACCAACAUAUUGAUGGACGGAACAUUAUACCCGGAGCCGUACUCUUUUGAGCCGGAGAGGUUCAUAGUGGAUGGGAAAGUUUCCAUUCCGGAGCAUUACUUCCCAUUCGGCCUGUCCAAACACCGCUGUAUGGGAGACGUGCUCGCCAAAUGCAACAUAUUCGUCUUCACGGCGACCUUGCUUCAGAGAUUUUUCUUUUUACCCGUCCCGGGGGAACCCCUGCCAUCUUUGGAUCACAUAGAUGGCGCCACACCUUCCGCAGCACCCUUUAAAGCGCUGGUCGUUCCAAGAAUG